AUGUCCCAAGUCUUUGACGGCAACUGCACAGGCAUCUUGAAGCCCAUGCUUGCCAAAGACCAGUUCCUGGCCCCCGAAGUGUUUUUGGCGAACCAGGAGUUGGUGACUCAAUCCUUGUUCGAUUGGAGGGCCAUCCAGGACAAGAGAAUGUCUGAGGAGGCUGCUCGGGAGGUGCGGGACUCUCUUUCGCAGGCACCUCCUCAGCCUCAGGAGCCUUCGUCACCGCCGCCGUCAAAGCCCCCUGUUCCGGUUUGUGCAGUCGAUGUCGCUGAUACGGAAGCCCAUGCUCCAGCUGAUGAGGUGGAGGAGCCAGCUGUCGACAAGACGGCCUCUGUGAAGGCUUUGUUCGAUAAGCUGCUGAUUCCCAGCUCCAUGAUGGACACUCUCACAUCGGUAUCGCUCGAAGCCCUGCAAAAUGUCAUGACCCUGGCCCAGACACGCGCCUGUGCAUAG